GUCAUCAGUGACAGAACCACCUACUGCUCAAGUACUGCUCAAGUACUAAGCUAUCCGUUGCAUAGCUAACCAGUGCUCCCAGCUAGUCAUGCCGCACGAGAAUCUGUUGAGCCCUCCAGCUGCUCAAGUAGCCGGAGACACUCCGGCCAUCGAGCAGUCUCCACCAGCUCCAGAUGGACCUCGAACUGAUGGGUCAGGGAACACACCUCAGCUCGACCUGGCCGACAACACGGUUGACAGAAACAAGAUGAUUCCCAGUUCCAAUAGGGAGCAUGGGCGUGGUGAACCUUACAUGAAGAUUACCAAUUCCAACAAGAAGCACGAGCAUGUGCCUCAUGAACCUCACAAGAAGAUUGCCAGUUCCAACAAGAAGCAGGAGCAUGUGCCUCGUGAAUUUCACAAGAAGAUUGCCAGUUCCGACACGAAGGACGAUCAUGAGAUUCGUGAACCUGGAAGCGGAGAAAGCUAUUCUCUGCACCGAACUGUCACGCUCGCUGAUGGACCUCGAACUGAUCAGUUAGGGAGCACACCUCAGCUCGACCUGGCCGACAACACGGUUGACAGAAACCAGAUGAUUCCCAGUUCCAACAGGGAGCAUGGGAGUGGUGAACCUCACAAGAAGAUUACCAGUUCCAACAAGAAGCAGGAGCAUGUGCCUCAUGAACCUCACAAGAAAAUUGCCAGUUCCAACAAGAAGCAGGAGCAUGUGCCUCGUGAACUUCACAAGAAGAUUGCCAGUUCCGACACGAAGGAUGAUCAUGAGAUUCGUGAACCUGGAAGCGGAGAAAGCUAUUCUCUGCACCGAACUGUCACGCUCGUUGAUGGACCUCGAACUGAUGGGUCACGGAGCACACCUCAGCUCGACCUGGCCGACAACACGGUUGACAGAAACCAGAUGAUUCCCAGUUCCAACAGGGAGCAAGGGCGUGGUGAACCUCACAAGAAGAUUACCAGUUCCAACAAGAAGCAGGAGCAUGUGCCUCAUGAACCUCACAAGAAGAUUGCCAGUUCCAACAAGAAGCAGGAGCAUGUGCCUCGUGAACUUCACAAGAAGAUUGACAGUUCCGACACGAAGGACGAUCAUGAGAUUCGUGAACCUGGAAGCGGAGAAAGCUAUUCUCUGCACCGAACUGUCACGCUCGCUGAUGGACCUCGAACUGAUCAGUUAGGGAGCACACCUCAGCUCGACCUGGCCGACAACACGGUUGACAGAAACCAGAUGAUUCCCAGUUCCAACAGGGAGCAUGGGCGUGGUGAACCUCACAAGAAGAUUACCAGUUCCAACAAGAAGCAGGAGCAUGUGCCUCAUGAACCUCACAAGAAGAUUGCCAGUUCCAACAAGAAGCAGGAGCAUGUGCCUCGUGAACUUCACAAGAAGAUUGCCAGUUCCGACACGAAGGAUGAUCAUGAGAUUCGUGAACCUGGAAGCGGAGAAAGCUAUUCUCUGCACCGAACUGUCACGCUCGUUGAUGGACCUCGAACUGAUCAGUUAGGGAGCACACCUCAGCUCGACCUGGCCGACAACACGGUUGACAGAAACCAGAUGAUUCCCAGUUCCAACAGGGAGCAUGGGAGUGGUGAACCUCUAGUACCGGUUCGUGGCACGAACCGGGACUAAAGGGAUGGUGGCGAGCUGGUGUCAGGCUGGGGCCGCACUAGCACCUUUAGUCCCGGUUCGUGGCACGAACCGGUACUAGAAGAUCACAUUUAGACCAGGUUUGUGUCAUGAAGCGGGACUAAAGGUUUCCCUAUAUAAGCCCUUCGUCCAGCCCGCGUUCGAGCUCUCUCUUCUUCCCCUUUCCUCUCCUCUCUGUUCUUCCCCAAAGCUCGAGCUCAUCCUUCAUUUUGCCCAAAAUUUGUCAAGAUUUGAAGGCACCCCAUCCAUCCAAGUGAUCACAAAGGUAUGGUUUAGUUAGUGCUUUCCCGUCCCCGUCCUAACCACCGUCGAUCGCCCAGACUGUCCCGUCGUCGGCACCACCUUGUGGCAUGGUUUUGAUAUCCGUCCCCGUCGGCCCUCAUCUGGUUUAUGAUUCGGAUGUGGAGGUAUGUGAACCGGAAAUUCCAACCGACCCUCUUGUCGAGAGGUUAAAUUUAGUUGAAAAAGAAAACGAGUAUUUGAAAGAAAAUUUGAAAAGAAUUGAAGAAGAGAAGAUGAAACUGGAGUAUGUUGCCGAUGUCGUCGAUGAUCACAAGAUCAAGAUGGAGAAAAUGCGCUUGAAGAUUAGAAAGAUUAGAAAAUAUGCCAUUGAUAGUGAGGCUUGGUAUCAUUAUGUUGUUGGAUCAAUUGUUACCUUAGUUGCGAUCUUGAUCGCAUUUAUUGUUGCAUUUAAAUGCUUUAGCUAGAGAGUUUGUAUGUUGUGAGAAUAGGUGUGUAUGAACUUUAUGUAUGAACUUGUAUU